AUGUCGUCUGAUUCAGUAUCCUCGAUCCUACAAAAUAUUGCCGUGACUGGAAAGGCGCUCGAAAACAAUGAGGCCGGCGCAAGAGAAAGCCUCAUUCAACUUGGUCGCGCCUUGGUGGCGCAACUCGAAAUUCCAAGUGAAUUCGUCCAGCGCAGUUUCUGGGCCCAGCCGGCCAUGUCAGGCAUAAUCCGGCUUGCGGUCGACGUCAAACUCUUCCAUUUGUUGAAGGAGGCUGGCGAAGCCGGGAUGGAUGCCGUGUCUCUUUCUGAGAAGACAGGAGUUGAUGUUGUCUUGCUCCGGCGUCUUCUUCGCCAUCUUGUAACCAUGUACAUCAUCGGAUACUCGCAGGGGUCAUUCCACCGCACAGCCCUGAGCGACGACCUCGCAGAGGAGAAAUACCAACACAGCAUCUCAUUCUGCUACGAUGUAGCCAGGCCAAACUUUAACGGCUUCCCUCGGUUUUUCAAGAAAACCGGAUACAAAUCUCCCACGCUGGGAGGAACCGACGGUCCGUUCCAAGACGCGCAGAAAACUCAACUCCCUUUUUUCGAGUGGUUGGUCUCAACGCCGCCUCAUCUGCAGCAUUUUGGCUCUUUCAUGGCGGCCUAUCGAGCUGGGAAGGCAGAGUGGCACGAGCCUGGAUUCUACCCCGUCUCCGAGCGACUUAUUACCGGCUUUGAUAGCGCCGUCAGCGACGUACUUCUCGUGGAUGUAGGCGGUGGAAGAGGCCACGACGUCGCUGCGUUCACGACCCAUUUUAAAUCCUACCCCGGUAGGAUUAUUCUUCAAGAUCGCGAACCCGUUAUUGCUGGCGUUCUGGCAAGUCUCGUGGACCAAUCGCCUCGGUUCGAAGCCCAGGCGCAUAAUUUCUUCACUCCGCAGCCGAUUGAGUCAGCCCGAUCGUACUUCCUUCACUCGGUUCUACACGACUGGGGUGAUGAAGAUGGGGUCAGCAUCUUGCAGAACUUGGUCUCUGCUCUGAAGCCGGGGUAUUCGAGGGUUUUACUGCACGAGAUCGUGGUUGACGAGGAGAACCCGACGCUCGAAGCGACGAGUAUGGACAUGAUGAUGCUGGCUCACUUCGCUGUCCGCGAGCGAACUGAGGCAGACUGGAGAGCCAUUAUAGAAAAGGCUGGUCUACGCGUGGUGAAUAUCUACACAUAUCCUGGGGUUGCGGAGAGCGUGAUCGAGGCUGAGCUGGCUUGA